UAUCAAUUACUGUAUGAAUUAGGAUGGAUAUUUCUACGAAAUAAAGAUGGAAGCACGGUAGACAGUACUAGUGACUAGUACAAGAAGGCUAAGUCUGUCCAACUCCUGUUCCGAUGAUGUGGAAAAGGAGCUAUUUUUCAUGCGUCUGCUCGGUGAGCGUGCCGUUACAUUCCAUUUUCCUGCGCGCCAAACCAGCCUCCACAGCCCCCAUUUUCAUAUGUCAUUUAUGUGGAAAAUUGUGGCAGAGGCCUGCCUGUCAUCAGAGACGACUCCAUAAAGCAAAUUAGGUAAAUUUCAACCUCUCCUCAAUUGAAUUACUGGCCAAAAAAACAAAGGACUCCCCAGAUAAAACCCCUCUGUUUCCUUCCUGCAUUUGGCUCUCUCUCUCUGGACUUCGCAGAUAAACUUAUGUAGAAGAUCCCAAUGGCUCCUUUUACUCAUCUUCUCGCUGUAUGAUGAAGAAGCAUUUCUUCCCUCUCUUCCUUGACCACCAUGGCUCUCUGGGAAGAAGCCCAAGAUUUGCAGGACUCUUCGUUAUUCCUCGACGCGCUCCUCUGUCAGGAGGAUGGCUUCGAACAAGAUUCUGCUGGGGAGAGUCGUGACUCCGAUUCGGCCGUUAGAGAUCCCUCAUCUUUCCCUUUCAUUUUGUUGGAUAAUGACUUGUUCUGGGAGGACGCCGAGCUUGUCUUCCUAAUCUCUAAGGAGGGAGAAACUCGUUUAAAUUCAAAUAAUCUUAUUGCCGACGGAGCCUCUACAGGGAGCUCACGAGAGGCUGUGAGAUGGAUUUCAAGAGUCUGCGCGCGCUAUGGUUUCUCUACUUUGACCAUUGUUCUUGCUGUGAACUACUUCGAUAGAUUCGCCACCAGCCUGAAGUUUCAGAAGGAUAAGCCCUGGAUGACACAGCUCGCUGCGGUUGCCUGUUUAGCUCUGGCUGCCAAAGUCGAAGAGAUCCGAGUCCCGCUUCUUUUGGACCUGCAAGUGGAGCAAGCGAAGUACGUGUUUGAAGCGAAGACAAUACAGAGAAUGGAAAUCCUAGUGCUAUCAACUCUUAACUGGAGGAUGAACCCGGUGACUCCCAUCUCUUUCUUUGAACUUAUUGUGAGAAUGCUGGGCCUUAAGAGCCGCUUGCACUGGGAGUUCUUGUUUCGGUGCGAGCGUGUGCUUCUCUGUCUCAUUAUGGAUUCAAGGCUUAUGAAUUAUCGUCCAUCUACAUUAGCUGUUGCUAUAAUGAUCCACGUUAUUAGUGAGAUUGAACCUUUAAAUGCAAGGGAGCACAGAAAUCAACUCAUGGCUUUACUCAAACAGUGAGGUUUGUGUCAGCUGAUCUUUCAGGAACAAGUGAAUGAAUGUUACAAACUUAUGAAAGUAUUAUGCUGUCACGAAGACAUUCAAAAUCUUAACCAGAAACGCAAGCGCCUGUCUAGCCCAGAUGGUGUCAUUGAUGUGUCUUUCAGCAAUGACAAGUCAAGUGACAGGGCAAAGGCAUCAUCGGUCUCAUUGUCACUGGAGCCACUGUUUAAGCGAAACAGGGCCCUCGAGCAGCAGAUGCAAUUGCCAUCCAUAAAUCGGGUGUCUAUUGAUGUUCUUCACAGCCCUCGUUAGUUAUUUAUCUCAGUAUCAGCAUGGGACACGGUACCCUCUGGCACAUAUAUGGCACUUGUGUUCUUCGGAUGCCACUGUAUUGUGUCGUUAGCUGUAUACCUGUCUCGGCCAUCAUUUCCAAGUUAAAGAGAUGGAGAAUUAGACUCCACCUCUCUACUUUCUUAUUGAGUUGGAGGUGGAAUGUGGAUCUGAAACUAGAGUAGAAAGAUGAAUUAUAAUUCUACCCGAGUUGUGAUACUUUUCAACAAGCACUAUCAAGAAAUUUCCUUUAUAUCCUUAUCAGUUAUUCCCCCCGACUCUCCUUUUGUUUGUGCAGCAGAAUAGUAUUUGCACAUGGAGAUCACUAUGAGAUGAUAUGUCUUCAGUGUUGCAGUAGUAGUUGAAUAAAUGGAGAUCUUUUAGAAGGUCAAACUAAACCCUUGUUCAUGUCAUUGUUUUCCCCGUGGGAGACAGUUUUUCCCCCUCAUCAGUUCAAUCAUAUAGUAUUACUAUUCCAAAACCCUUUUUCACAUAAGAGUGAGAAACAGGUCGUCACUAGAGAGUGGAAUAUCAUGUUAUAGUAAAGAUUCCGAAUUUAAAAAUCUGACUGAUUGUGCUAAUAA